AUGCCGCCCAUCCUUGUUGUUAACUUGAUGAAUAGUCGGUUCCAUACACUUCGAGAGCUAGUCAUGAUUAGAUGGAUCAACUCCAUUGCCGAGAAGAAGAACUGGCAUGAAAAUAUCUCAAACGCUACGUGGGUUCACCAGUCCAAACAGUCAUUCAAAAGCAACGAGAAGGAUGUUACUGAAUCUAUGAUCAAAUGGCGGGCGUUUCUUUUCAAGCAGUCGGGACUCACGCUCGUUUUCGACGCUAUCAUAAAGUCCGACGCCGUGAUUUCGAGCGAGCUUCACCAGAAGUUAAGAUCGUUGAUCCAGACAAGACACCCCUUGGCCUACGGCGUCACGAGAGUGGUUCAGAACGAGGUUAUCAACAUGGAUGACUGCCUCAAAUCGAUCGGACGAGGAGCUCCUCUGUCCUUGCAUGAGGCGGAUCCUCUCGCCGCACCAGAAUAA